AUGAAGCUCACGAUCAUCUUCAUCUCCACUCUCAUCACGUACGCCGCCGCCCUGGACUGCAUGGGUUGCGUGCAGAUGUUCAACGACUGCCGCAAGCAAUGCGGCGAUCCCUUGUCGUGGCAAUGCACCGACUCUUGCAACUGCAAAGUGUCCCAAAAUGACUUCUGCAAGAGCGCUUGCGGCUGGAACAAAUGCUAGAUAGCGUCUGGUCCCCGACCCUCCUGCGGCAGUCUUCCUCUCGGACCUGGGCCUCGCGACGAUCGUUGGCGGAUGGAAAGGAGGCUCGGGAUCAGGCAUGGGUCUUAUUUGCGUUCUGCAUCUAGCGGACCAUACAUGACAGCAAUGGUGUCACCGGUUUGUGACUUUUAUAC